GAUGUCAGCCCAUAUUUAGUAGUCUUCUUAUAAAGGAUCUUAAUAAGAAGAUUGUAUUUCAUAGAAAGAGAUAUCAAAUGGGAAGAGGGAAAGUUGAGUUGAAGAGAAUUGAGAAUCCUGCAAAUAGACAAGUUACUUUCUCAAAGAGAAGAAAUGGUCUCUUGAAGAAAGCAUUUGAACUCUCCAUUCUUUGUGAUGCUGAAGUUGCUCUUCUUGUCUUCUCUCCUUCUGGAAAAGCUUAUCAAUUCGCCAGCCACGAUGUGGAUAGCACAAUUUCGAGGUAUCGCAACGAGGUGGGAAUGACCGAAUCGUCAACCGGGGACUUUAGAACUAUGGAGGUUUGGAAGAGCCAACUUGAUGAAUUACAAAGAACAAUAGAGACAAUGGAAGCUAAGGAAAGGCACUUUGCUGGGGAAGAUUUGGCAAUGUUGGGUAUGAAGGAAUUAAAGCAACUUGAGCGUCAAAUGAGAAUCGGUGUCGAAAGAAUUCGCUCCAAAAAGCGACGCUUAGUUGCAGAACAUAUCAAUUUCCUGAAGAAACGACAUAAAGUUCUUCAAGAGGAAAAUACCCGUCUCCAGAAAAGAGUUAAGCUACAUGAGCUGCAUGAUGUCAAUGGAAGCUCAACAAUAAGUGAAACAGAUGCCCUUGAUACAUUUCACAGAUUGUUGGGCAGAAGUGAUACGGCGGUGUGAACCUGAUGUUUAUUGAAACGGCGACGAAAGGCGACAUUACGGGAAUUGUGUCAUGUAAGAAUUAUAAUAUAUAUGGCUGCUAAGGUUAAUAUGUAUUACAUAGAGCAGAUUUGUGGGAUGUGUUAAUGGUAAAAGUAAUUAAAAAUAGUUAAGAAGUGUAUUAUGAUGCAUGUAUGUUUGAAGGUAAAACUUAAUUAUAUAGUCUUUUUAA